CAGACGUAAAGACCUGCUAAGGGAGGAAUGAGCUGACUAAUCUGCUGGUGAACACAUGAGCAAAAAGAAGCACAGCCAGUCUCUGCUGUCACAUUGCAUGACUUUGUUUACACAACAAAACAAAAAUCGUGGUAGCUGAAUAAAGCCUUUGAAGACUUGCAUUGAUUGGAAAGCAGACAUUUACUUGCCUUACCAAGUCUAGAGUAAUCAAGGAAUGUCAACAGCUAUCUUUGUUACUUUUGUAAGGCAUGGAGGGUGUCAAGUGAGAAGAGGUGCCCUUUUAAAGUCUCUGGUCCUACAAGAUAACACAUGCGUCACUUCUACCACCAACAGAAGGCCUUUCUCUUCUCGUUUUGACCCAGACGGAAGUGGACGUCCAGCAACCUGGGACUCCUUUGGGAUCUGGGACAACCGCAUUGAUGAGCCAAUUCAGCUCCCGCCCAGCAUAAAGUAUGGCAAGUUGAUUCCUCAAAUUAGCCUGUCUAAAGUUGGCUGCUCCACUCAGCUUGGAAAAAGGAAGGAAAAUGAGGACAGAUUCAAUUUUGCUCGCUUGACAGAUGAGGUCUUAUAUUUUGCUGUAUAUGAUGGACAUGGAGGUGCUGCUGCAGCUGAUUUUUGUGACCGGUUUAUGGAAAAUUACAUUAAAGAGUUCCUUAAACAGGAGAAGAAUAUGGAAAUAGUGCUGAACAAAGCUUUUCUAGAAAUAGACAAAGCUUUUGCAAGACAAGCUCAUCUUUCUGUUGAUGCAUCUCUUUUGAACUGUGGGACCACUGCAACAGUGGCUUUGUUACGCGAUGGUAUCGAGCUAGUUGUGGCUAGUGUUGGGGACAGCCGUGCGCUAUUAUGUCGAAAAGGAAAGCCAUUAAAGCUUACCAUUGAUCAUACACCUGAGCGGAAAGACGAAAGACAAAGAAUUAGGGAAAAGGGUGGCUUUGUUGCUUGGAACAGCCUUGGACAGCCCCAUGUGAAUGGAAGGCUUGCUAUGACACGAAGCAUAGGAGACUUGGAUCUCAAAGCAGUGGGAGUAAUAGCUGAACCAGAGACAAAGCGGGUGACGUUACAUCAUGCCGACGAUGGAUUCUUAGUACUAACUACUGAUGGCAUCAACUUUAUUGUGAACAGCCAAGAGAUCUGUGAUAUUCUCAAUCAAUGUCAUGAUCCUAGCGAGGCUGCUCAAGUACUAACUGAACAGGCAAUUCAGUAUGGAGCAGAGGAUAACAGCACAGCUAUAGUUGUACCCUUUGGAGCCUGGGGAAAACACAAAAACACUGAAAUCGCUUUUUCCUUCAGCCGUGGUUUUGCAUCAAGUGGGAGAUGGGCUUGAUAAGCUCACUGAAUGGUAGCAGCUCUUUGCAUAUAUACAUGUGUAUUAUACAUAAAGCACAACAACUCCAUCUGUAUCCCAGGCUGCACUAUGUACAUAGAUUUCUAUUCAUCAUAUUCCUCAGUUCCUUUACCACAUUGUUCUUCUAGGAGUUAAGCAUCCCAAGCACUUUGAAUGUUCUUUACUUUUGUAAAGUUCCUACCAUGAGUUAUAUAAUGGUGAAUACUGUUAGAUGGAGCAGGUUUAUUUGCUACAGACUGGUGCACUGUAUGGAACUUUGCUUCUAUGUAAAUAGCUAUACAGGAUUCUAUUUAUACAAGUGUUGUCUGCUUAGGAGCAUGUAUGUAUAAAUUGCAGCUAAUUUUAAGGCGCUGUCUGUUUUUGUUAACAAAUGAAUGUAGAAACUUGCCACAAUUUCUGCUGGAUAUUACUAUUUAACUGCACUUGGCAGCCAUUUUAUUACUUCAAAUCUUCAUUGCAGAUCUUGUAAUGCAAAAUAAUGCUCCAAACAAGGCAAACCGCGUAGGGGCACUUGGUCGUUAAAAACAUUUUCUUCAUGCAGUGUGGUUAAUGUAUACAGAACGUUUUCACUACAUAUGUAUGGCACUAUAAAAAACUCUUGUAAUUACAAAGUACAUAUCCUUUUUUAAGAACCACAUCAUCUUGCCCAGUUUUUAGUUUAGCUUCUUCAGCUAUAGUAAUUUUGUAUAAAUUAGCAAAUGAGGUUUCCUUAAAUCCCUGCAGAAAUUAUGGUGAUAGUGUCAUUUUUGUGUUUGCCUCUGUUUAAAAUUAUUUUUAGAUCUAUUUUUGUGUAUAUAUAUAUAUAUAUAUAUAUAUAUAUAUAUAUAUAUAUAUAUAUAUAUAUAUAUUAAUAUGUAUACAGGGAUGGAAAUUUACACUAGUUCUGGAGCACUAAUGAUUUGCCAUGGAUGAGCAAGCAAUUUGACUUUUUCCUAUAACACUGAGUGGAGUAGCAACUAAGAAGUGGAAUGAUAAAAUUCUAGUGAUAUUAUCCACCCCUCUUUGUGUUGGAAAAUGAUAUGUACAUAUAUACAUAUACGUACAUUUAGAUCUGGAAAUUUCCACCAGUCUACAAAGAAAUUGCAAUGGGCAAGUAAGAAAUUCCUUCACAAAUUUGCAGUUUAUAUUUUUCAUACUACCAGGUCACUUAGCUUGUUUUGCACUAAUAAACACUUAAAGCAACUGAAAUGUCCCUAACAUCUUAUGCAACAGUUAAAAUUUGUUGUGUUUGGAACAUAAAAUGAAAUACUUCUGAAAGCUGCUUUCCUUUUUUUUAUUUUUUUAUUAAUUGAAUAACAUUUGAAAGCUAUAAAGGCACAAUGCCCUCCUGCGCUUUCCUCUACCCGCCAAAUGUGAUCACCCAUGCAUUACUCCCACAGCACAAGAACAUACCUAAGAAUGUCUAAAGCCAGUACAGAACCAUUAUGGAUGUAAUGCAUGACAGUAUUAUAAUUUUAUACUUCAGAUGUAAGAAACUUUUACUCUAGCAUAAAUUUCUUAAGGGCAUUUAGGUCCCUUUAACGACAAUUCUUGAAGGUAUACAUUUAACUUCAAUAUCUGUUUUUUGUAUUAUAUGUGUGGCUACUUAAGCUAUAAUACUAUUUCAUAUGCCAUUUUUAUGUCAUUUUAUGUCUUUUUUUUGUAUUUUUUCUACUUUAUGAAGACUUGCAGUGGGUAUUUUAAUGCUCUUUAAAAUGCCUGAAAAAUGUGAAACAAGUUUGGGAUUUAGGACAGUGAUGCACUGAAGUGCCGCAAGGAGCAAAAUAGUUGCUUAGACCAUUUAAAUUGGACUAAAUGCUAAUGUACUUAGUUUUUGAUAAAGACACACAAGAGCAUAUAGUGUGUGGCAAAUACAUUUCACCUGAUGCACGUUUCCUUAGAAUUGCAGAAUGUAUAACAAUUAUUACACCAUAUAGCUCACUGGAAUUGCAAGCAGCCACAACUAAAAACAUUCCAGUCUAUAUGAGUUCCUAUAUACAGAAUCAGUUUUUUUUUUUUUUUUUUUACAUUUGUAACACUUUUGAGUGUAUCCUGUCCAUGUCGUAAGAUUUCAAUUUAAAAUAGUUAUUUUUGCAUUUUAAUUGUUUGAAAAUAUUCAAUAAACAAAAAAAACACAAAAAGCAAA